CUCAGGGGUCCUGGAGAACAGGGGUCUCAGAGAACAGGGGUCCGGGGAACAGGGGUCUCAGAGAACAGGGGUCCGGGGAACAGGGGUCUCGGGGAGCAGGAGUCCCGGGGAGCAGGAGUCUCAGGGGUCCCGGAGAACAGGGGUCCCGGGGAACAAGGGUAUCAGGGGUCCCGGGGAGCAGGGGUCUCGGGGAGCAGGGGUCUCAGGGGUCCCAGAGAACAGGGGUCCCGGGGAACAGGGGUAUCAGGGGUCCCGGGGAGCAGGGGUCUCGCUGGUGGCCUCAUCUCUAAUCAAGCUUAAGUGUGCUCCGGUGGGCUGUGGGUGCUGCUGGGGGAUGUGAGGGGGUGGUGGGUGCUUUGAUGCCGCCCCCAGCCCCCCGCACCUGCUCUGUAUUCCCCACCUGCACCUCCUGGGAUCCCCCUUUCCUUUAUUAGCAGCCGCUGUGAGGGCAGGGCUCGUUGCCCUGCGGCUGCUGUGGUCUCGGCUGUUGCAUUUGCCUCGGAGGAUGAACAGCUCGUUUUAUUUCUCGCGCUCGCAGUCAGAGGAUCGGCCCGUGGCUGCGCUCUGGGGCUGCCGGCUGGCCACGGGCGCCCGGAGCUGCGUGGUGAAGGAGGACGAUGACUUGUUGGAGCACCUGGUGCUGCUGAGAACGAUCUGCCUGGGGGCCGAGGCCAGGGACGAGCUGCACGUGGUGGCUGUGGAUUCUAAAAACGCCUCCGGGGAGCACAGGCCGGUGCCCAUCGCGGCUCUGAGGAGCUCCCUGCUCCCCAUGGUAAGGACAGCCCGCUCAGUCUCUGCCCAGGGGUGACACCGGGGG